AUGAGGCGAAGUCCGUGGAUUUGCGUGUUGGCAUUCCUGUUGGGAAGCGGCCUUGCUCGAGAAAAUGCCCCUACGGCUGAUAAUUUCCUUCGACGAGUGAACCCAAGAGCUACCGUGUUUGGUAAUUAUCUAUACGUGGAUGGAGUGAAUGCGACGCUCGCACUCGAUCUUUCGAAAAGCUGGACGCCAAAAGAUGCCGAGUUCAUCGAGACAGAGAAGCCCGAUUCCGUUUCGCCGCUGUGGAAGAACGCAUUCUUCCACGACGAUGCUAAGAAGACAUUUUAUAUUUGGGGAGGCCGUAUUUUCCGCACACCUUGGGGAGUGCCGCCACCCGUAAAAGUGUGGAAAUUCGUCGCCGAUGAUAAGGGGGGCGGCGCUUGGAGUACCGAAGACGACAAUCACUCCUUUGACGACUUGGUUCGAUCCGAAGACGGGGCCUAUGUCAGUACCGAGGAUGCCGGGUUUUGGAUAGGAGGAAGUGCCUUCCCGGAGACUCACACGGAUGCCGACUCGGACAUUCCUGGUGUUGUCUCCUACAACUUUACGACCAAGGAGUGGAAAAACCAUACCGAGGCUCCAUUCUCAGACGACGGGACGGUCAACGCGGCGACUGCUACAUACAUACCCAGCUUUGGGCCGAACGGACUGAUCAUGUUGCUUGGAGGACUGGAGCACACGAUACCCAAAGCCACGAACCAUCUGUCAUUCGACACCGUACACUUUUUUGACCCAGUCACCAUGAAAUGGUAUAAACAGCCAACAACCGGUACCAAGCCACAGAAGAGAAAUCACCACUGCUCCGUUGGCGUACCAGGCAAUGGCACCUACGAGAUAUUCAUUUAUGGGGGUUGGAAUCAAGACUAUGAGAAGAUUCUAGACGACAUGUACGUCCUAACGAUUCCAGGCUUCAACUGGGCCAAGGUGGACUUCGACAAAGACCCGAGAACAGAAUUCGACUGCGUGGUGGCAGGAAACCGCCAAAUGAUAACCGUUGGAGGUGCUGGAGUGUUCGGCGGAUGGACUGUCAAAGACUCUUAUCCGAAGGGACUCGGCAUCUUUGAUUUGACAGAGCUGAAGUGGAAGGACGAGUUCACUCCUGAUGCUCCAGCCUACAAAACACCCGAUCUUGUCCAGAAGUGGUAUGACCAAGGAGGCUUGGACCGUGUAGAAUGGUCAAACGAUGUCAAGGCGCUUUUCACCAAAAAAGACUCAUCAAGCACCACUUCCAGCGCCAGCCCCGGCGCAACCUCGACAUCCAGCAGCACCACCGACCAGACCAACCAAGAUCUCGACAAGGUGUCUUCCGACUCCAAAUCAAGUAACACUGGUGCGAUCGCUGGCGGAGUUGUUGGAGGACUGGCUGCGCUGGCACUCAUAGGAGUACUGAUCUUCUUUGUACUCCGACGGCGCAAUGGGAACGGAGGAGAGGGUGAGAUGGUCGAGCAGCAGCCCUCUGAAAUUGAUGGACGAUCUGUGGCAGCCAGCGGGUGGAGCCCGGGGAUGAUGCCACCGCCGCCUCGAUUCCCAACAGCAUCAUCUGGGACACCGGAUUCGUCUAGGUCUCGGUCGACCCCGGGCCAUGGACACCUACCGAGUGAACUUAGCUCGGAGGGUGAGCGUAGAGCUGAGCUGGCUUGA